AUGUCCGAGUCCACAAAAUCUAAAGCUGCUAAGAUCCUUGAAGCUGAAGAGAAAGUUCAAGAAGUAUUAGCUCAUAUUUCUCAACAACAACUGCUUCCUAUCCGCAGUAAAUCAGAGCGAAAUCGUUAUGAAACAUGGUCUAGCUCUGAUAUGUCCACAUCAGCACCUGCGGCAUUCACUGGUUCAACAGUUGCCACCGUAGUUCCUGCUGCUAUCGCAUCAGCAUCACAGCUUCCAAGUCAUCUGCAAGCUCUGACGUUAAUCACUCAACAAUUAAUCGCGUCAGGAGCUGGUGCAGCACUUUCUGCUUCAACCUCGUCAUCCAGAGCUGCCCUACCACAGCAUCAGGAAUAUUGUCCUAGGAUGGUGGAUUCACAACAUGUAUUAUUUCAACAACAUCCAUUAUCAGCAAAUUCGUAUAGGAAAACAAUAAAUCAUCCAUUACCACCAUCAGAACCACCACUCACACCGGUGCCAAUGACAUCACAUACAACAUUGUUGAUAGAACAAGUUCGUCAGUUACAACACGAACUUAAACAAGAAAAAUCAAAGAAAAUACAAGUUCUAUCAGAAAAUCAACAAUUAAAAUCAAAAGUUGGCCGCCUUCAGGAGGAGAAUGCAACUCUAAAGCAUUCUAGUUCAUCUAUGUCAAGUAAACAUUCAUAUACUCAAACAAUUGAUGAAUUUUCCUCUGGAAUUUGGGAUGAAAUUAAUCCUAAUUCCAAAGCUGCCGCCAAGAAGUCAAGGAAAUCAAAAAAAUCAACAAAGAAACUUGAUCGACAUUCAUUACCAUCCACAUCAACUGAUGAUGAAGAGAUAAUAUCAGACCAUCAUCCACAAAAAUCAUCGAGAAUUUUACCACCAUCAACAACACCUAUGUUGAAUCUAACAAUGUCCAUAUCCGAUAAUAUCACAAAAUUCGGAGGGACAACAAAAGAGGCUCCAGGCCGAUUCAUUGUAGAAUAUCAGCAAAAAGCAAAAACUGCCUAUGGAUGGUCAGAUCAAGCAACACUCAACGGAAUUAGUCAUUGGCUAACAGGUGCUGCUGCUGAAUGGUAUCAACAAUUAGUGCAAAGUGAUGAACUUCCAGCCACCUGGGGUGAGUUUGUAAAACUAUUUCAAGCUCGGUUUCAAUCACCCGAACGGAUAGAAGCUCUAAAAAUUGAAAGAAAUCGUUGCAUGCAGCAGUCAGAUGAAUCCGUAGCAGAUUUCUAUCAGAGGUAUAAGGGAUUAGCAUUAGAAAUUGAUCCUAAAAUCUCAGAAAAAACGCUCAAAAGGCACCUCCUUCCGAAGCUACGUCUGGAUCUCCUUCAACUAAUGGGCGGAGUUGAUGCUGAUAAAUUAGCGUUGCCGCAUCUGAUGAGAACAGCAGCUAAAGUUGAAUUACACAUGCUUCAACGAAAGAAAGGAGCUCAACAGAGAACGGGCGAAUUAGUAAAAUCUUCCACGGCAAUGAAGUCUUCGGGAAAUCAGGAACAACGAGAAACCUAUUUAUAUACAACAAAAAGACGUUCAACUAAUCCUGACACCGUAGUAGCUGCCAUUGAGUCGAAAACGCUGCCACAAACCAGUUCUCUAGAGCAGCCGUCAUUUUCGUCAGCUGUAAAUCAACAAAGAUCUCCAGCGAAUAAUGCAGAUACUAAUAAAAUUAAUCAAGAGUGGUGGAAUCGAAGACAGAACAACAAUCAUAAUAGCUCUAAUUCACCGAAUGUCCCCAGAUGGCAACAAAGAAAUCCUGAUCAAAGAAACCACUCAACAGCACCUACGUGUUCAAAAUGUGGCAGGAUCGGGCAUUCAACAAACUAUUGUUUCUCCGAUAAAAGUUGUACAUACUGCGGACGAAUCGGACAUAUCGAAGCAAUUUGCCGAAUUAAACAGAGGUCCCAAAAAUCCUCAAAUUUACCUCGACAACAUACGAACCAACAACAUUUAAACUAA